AUGGCCACUAGAACUCAAUUUGAAAAUUCUAACGAAGUUGGAGUCUUUUCCAAAUUAACCAAUUCAUAUGCUCUUGUUGCUGUGGGAGGAUCAGAAAAUUUUUACUCAUCAUUUGAAGCUGAACUAGGUGACGUUAUCCCUAUUGUCCAUACCACUAUUGCCGGUACUCGUAUAGUUGGACGAAUGACGAGUGGAAAUAGACGUGGGUUAUUGGUUCCUACCCAGACUACUGAUCAAGAAUUAAUGCAUUUGAGAAACUCGUUACCUGACUCAGUCAAGAUCCAACGUGUUGAGGAACGAUUAUCAGCAUUGGGAAAUGUUAUAUGUUGUAACGAUUAUGUCGCAUUAGUACAUCCUGAUAUCGAACGAGAAACUGAAGAAUUGAUUGCUGAUGUAUUGGGGGUGGAGGUAUUUCGUCAAACAAUUGCCGGUAAUGUCCUUGUUGGAUCAUACUGUGCCUUGAGUAAUCAAGGUGGAUUGGUGCACCCGCAAACUUCAAUACAAGAUCAAGAAGAAUUGAGUAGUUUGUUGCAAGUGCCUUUGGUUGCCGGUACAGUGAAUAGAGGAUCCAAUGUGGUUGGUGCUGGAUUGGUGGUUAAUGAUUGGUUUAGUGUUGCUGGAUCAGAUACUACGGCGCCGGAGUUGUCGGUUAUUGAAUCGAUUUUCAGGUUGCAGGAUGGACAACCCGAAGCCAUUGGUGGUAAUUUGAGAGAUACCUUGAUUGAAACUUAUUCGUGA